CAAUAUUUAAUGCUUGGAGAUUCUGACUCUGCGGGAGUCAUGUCAGGGGACCUUGGGAGCCAAUCUGCUUGAGCUUCUGAGUGAUAAUUAUUCAUGGGCUCCUGCCUCUUGCUCUUUCUCUCGCACGGUCCCACUCUGCAGACUCAGUGCCUUAUUCAGUCUUCUCUCUCCUCUCUCCGCUGCUGUAGCUGGACCCUUCGCCUUCUCCACCGCUCAGCAUCUGCACAUCCCUACAAUGGCUAAAACAGCAAUGGCCUACAAGGAAAAAAUGAAGGAACUGUCCAUGCUGUCACUGAUCUGCUCUUGCUUUUACCCGGAACCUCGCAACAUCAACAUCUACACCUACGAUGAUAUGGAAGUGAAGCAAAUCAACAAACGUGCCUCUGGCCAGGCUUUUGAGCUGAUCCUAAAACCACCAUCUCCUAUCUCAGAAGCCCCACGAACUUUAGCUUCUCCAAAGAAGAAAGACCUGUCUCUGGAGGAGAUCCAGAAAAAACUGGAAGCUGCAGAGGAAAGAAGAAAGUCUCAGGAGGCCCAGGUGCUGAAACAAUUGGCAGAGAAGAGGGAACAUGAGCGAGAAGUCCUUCAGAAGGCUUUGGAGGAGAACAACAACUUCAGCAAAAUGGCGGAGGAAAAGCUGAUCCUGAAAAUGGAACAAAUUAAAGAAAACCGUGAGGCUAAUCUAGCUGCUAUUAUUGAACGUCUGCAGGAAAAGGAGAGGCAUGCCGCGGAGGUGCGCAGGAACAAGGAACUCCAGGUUGAACUGUCUGGCUGAAACGAUGGAGGGUAUGGCACGCCCCACCAUUAGUAAAUCCCCCUGCCUAUAUUAUAAUGGAUCAUGCGAUAUCAGUAUGGGAAAUGUAUGACAUGGUUUAAAAAGAACUCAUUAUAAAAAACAAAAACAAAAAAAACAGAAUCAAAAAUUAAAAAAAAAAAUCAAUGCGGUCUCUUUGCAGAAUGUUUUGCUUGAUGUUUAAAAAAUACCUUGGAUCUUAUUUUGUAAAUACUUACAUUUUUGUUAAAAAAUACAAGUAUUGCAUUAUGCAAGUUAUUUCAUAAUCUUACAUGUCCUGUAACAGGCUUUUGAUGUUGUGUCUUUCCACUCAAAUGAAUUUGCUAGGUCUGUUCUUUUUGAAGCCCUCAUGUCGAACUCCAUUCCCUGCCCUUUUCAUCCCAACAGAAAAAUGAGGUCAGUAGACAGUCUAUGGUGCUAGAAACCCACCAUUGCCUAAUGACCUAGAUGGCUUUGUAAUCUCUGAACUUGACUAAGACCACACCUAGGUUACAGGUUUUAUGACUCCACACAAACCUCCACAUUUGUUCACUCAUAAUCUACUAACUGCCUAGAAACUACAAAACCAGGCUAAGAAAAAAAAAAAAAAA